AUGUUCAACCUCCAAGCUACUGUAGCCAUCAUGGCCUCCCUCGCUAUGACCACAUCUGCAGCGGUGCCUUACCUGCAUAUCGAGAACCUUUCGGUCGCCGACAUUCGUGUACCUUCGGAGUCGCAUUCCGUCAAGUUCGUUGUUUCCAACCCUGGUGCGGUGUACGAGCAGGGCGGUCAGCUUCCAUACCCUGUCGAGAUCGCUUGCUACAAGAGUGCCGAAGACUUCAAGCUUGAGGUGAACAAGUACUACAUCUACAAGAACAGCGUCUUGAACAACUCGACCAUCACCGUUCUUGAGGAUAAUGGAGGCUAUUACUGCUCGACAGGCGCACAGAGUACGCGGUGCGACUUACCGGGCAGUGAUGGUAUCAACUCUACCUAUGCCAUAACGUAUGGUCCGGUGGCUCAGCAGCCUGUGCCAUUGUGCUAG